UUGUAUUUUUAGAAAUAUUAGCUUAAAGUUAAAAAAUAAAAUUUCUCUUAAAUCGUGGAAUAACUGAGGAAGAAAAAUGGCGUUGAAGGAUGUAGUGGCAAACCGCAUCAUGACUGAUGUGAUACAGAAAGUGAAAUCUCAAGACUGGAAGGUUUUAAUCCUCGAUCGGCUGAGCGUGCGGAUUGUUUCUUCCUGUUGCAAGAUGACCAGCAUUAUGUCUGAGGGAAUCACUUUGGUUGAAGAUUUGAUGAAGCGCCGUCAACCGCUUCCAUCACUAGAGGCAGUAUAUUUCAUUACGCCGACGGAGGAAUCGAUCAUGCGUUUAAUCAAAGAUUUUGAUGAUGGGACACCAAUGUACAAGGCGGCUCAUAUCUUCUUUACUGACUCCUGCCAAGAAGCUUUCUUCAAGAAGAUCUGUCAAUCAAAGCUUGCAAAACACAUCAAAGCAAUGAAUGAGAUCAACAUUGCCUUCCUGCCUUAUGAGUCGCAGGUUUACACCCUGGAUUGUCCGGAUUCAUUUGAAUACACCUUUAGUCCAAACCAUCAAGAGAGACGAAACAAAGGUCUGGAGAGAAUCGGAGAACAACUGGCAACGUUAUGUGCAUUGCUCGGAGAAUAUCCGUCAAUCAGAUACAGAAGCGAGGACACAAAGUCCCUUCUGCUUGCUCAAUUCCUUCAAAGCAAAUUGGAUUCAUUCAAGGCAGACAACCCAACCAUGGGUGAAGGACCGGACAAAUCUCGAUCUCAGCUCAUCGUUGUGGACAGAAGUUUUGACCCUGUGUCGGCAUUGGUUCAUGAGCUGACUUACCAAGCUAUGGUUCAUGACCUACUGCCUGUGGAAAACGACGUCUACAAAUACGAGAACCAACAGCAGGCAGGUGGGGCAGAGAAGCAGGUACUGCUGGACGAGGAUGAUGACAUAUGGGUGUCGCUCAGACAUGAGCAUAUCGCUGUCGUUUCAAAGAAAGUGACAUCAAAAUUGAAGGAUUUUGCCAAAGAAAAGCGAAUGAAGACCGGAGGAGACAAAACUACGAUGACUGACUUGUCGAACAUGUUGAAGAAAAUGCCGCAAUAUCAGAAGGAAUUGAGCAAGUAUUCGACUCAUCUUCACCUGGCAGAGGAUUGCAUGAAAGAAUAUUCGGACAAAGUCGACAAAUUGUGCAAAGUAGAACAAGAUCUGGCGAUGGGAGUCGACGUGGACGGGAACAAAAUACGGGAACCGAUGAAAAAUGUUGUCCCGAUACUUCUGGACCAGAAUGUCACAGCUAGCGAUAAAAUCAGAAUCAUUUUGCUGUAUAUCCUGCUCAAAGGAGGUAUCCCAGAAGAAAAUUUGAAGAAGUUGAUUCAUCAUGCAGGAGUCAAUGAGCAGGAUGAAGAAAUCAUUCGCAACAUGCAAUACCUGCCUGUCUCCAUCAUUAAUAAUGAGGGUCGCAAGAAAGCACCAACUAAAAUAAGUCGUCGUGAGCAUGAGGCAACAUACCAGCUCUCUAGAUGGACACCGAUCAUCAAAGAUGUCAUGGAACAAGCUAUCGAGGACAAGUUGGAUUUGAAAGUCUUUCCUUUCCUAUCUGGGAGAAGCAGUGGACCGAGUAACGUUACUGGCGUCAGAAGCGCUCGCUACCAUUGGCACAAGGAUAAGGGGCCUUCUGAGUACAAGUCUGGGCCACGCUUGAUUGUGUUUGUCAUUGGAGGAGUCACCUGCAGUGAGAUGCGAACUGCUUAUGAGAUCACAAAUGAAUUCAGACCAAAAGGAGAAAAAUGGGAAGUUCUGAUUGGGUCCAGUCACAUGACCACCCCCACAGAUUUUCUUCAGGAUGUCAAAAUAUUGACCAGAGCAGUGAAAUAUCAUCAUUUGGACGCUUAGAGAGAGAGAGAGAGAGAGAUUAGCGGCACAAGAUUAUUUUUAUCUUUUAUUGUUGAAUUUCUCAAAAUGGGGAGAUCGGGUUCAAAAGGACUGUAGUUUGAGAAUCAGAAUUUUUUAUCAGUGCUUUUUUGCUUGCGCUCGAAUAUUCGAUUUGUUUUGGACAACCCUGAUUGUGAUUCAUCUGUAUGGCGGCAUCUGUACAAUUUCUUCUUUAUGUUGUCUUAUAGUAUUUCUUUCAAUAUUUUGGACGGUCAAGAAUCAGAUUUUAGAUUUUUUUAAAGUCUGGGAAUCUGUAUCAAAAUUUCAUCUAGAACACUAUACUGUUUGCUCGUAGUCAGAAGUCGAAUUCUGAUAUUUUUUGGUCAAUAUAGGGAACGCUCGAGAAUUAGGUCAAUGAAUUCUUUACUAUUUUUUCUUCUCCAGACGAAAUUUUCGGAAAUGAAGAAAUGUUACCGAAUUAUAUAUAUGUCGAAAAAUUCUUAAAUAAUUACCGGUAGUUUGUCUUUCUAGUCAUUUAUUUCAUAACAGAAUGUAAAAAAUCGUAGAUUAUUAUUCAAAUUAUCUGUAAGUUUUUAUGAUCUGUAUGAUAACUUAUAUUUUGUGUAAAUAAUACUUCUUAGUCUUUAUCACAGGUGGUAACAGGGUACAUCUUAUAGUUAAGUCUGUCAAGUCUUUAUAGUGUGCGUGUAGUAUCAAAACUUGUCUCAACUUUGGCAUUUCAGUGUUUUCCAAUAACUUUAUUCAAAGACGAGUCUUCUUCACUUCUGAGUGAGGAAGCGCGAAAAAUUAUUAUUGAAGUCUCAAAGAAUGACUAAAAAGACCUUAAUUUAAUUCCUGAAAAAAGUAGGGAACCGGUCAAACCAUAAGUUAUCUCAACAUUCCUGAAUUUCCAAAUUUGAACCCCUUAAUAAUUGGGCUAGCAGUUAAAGCAUGGGCUGGCAAACUGCUACCAGUGGGCAAAAUACGGCCCACAAACUAUUGUUGCGGCCCUCUAAUGACCUGAUUUUUAAUGCAUAAAACAAAAAUUAUACAUUUAUCAUUGUCUCUGCACAGAUUUGUGGUAACAAGUGCUGCUGUGUGGCACUUUUUGUGGACCUCCCGAAGUAUGCGCACCAAGAUGGCGCACAUCCUGAACUCAGGUUGUGUACCAGGUUAGGGUUCAGGCUGUGCGACAUCUUGGUGCGCAUACUUCAGGAGUACCCUUUUUGUAAUAAGUAGCAUCGGUUGUAUGACCACAUACACGUCUCAUUGUGGCAUUUAGAAUAUAUAUUCCAUAUUCGAAUAUUUUAUUCUACACUUCAUUCAGAAUUGCGAAAUAGUUUGUAAAUUCAUCUCCAUGACGACGGCAUCUGUACAAUUUUCAAUGUUCUAAACAUUACUGUAGAAUGUCUCCAGAGUACAGGCAUUUUAUUAGUCUUUUAACUGCAGAGAAAUGCUAUUGUUGUCAUAGCAACAACAAUAAUAGAAACAACUGAGCAGAAAAUGACACUUAUUUUGUAAAUUUGCGGGUUUCAAGACUUAUUAAGGGCAAAUGUUGGAAUUUUCGAAAAAAUUUUAUUUGGAAAUAUUACAAACAAAAAGCUGUUUUUUGACCUGGUAGUCACAAUGAAAAGUUAAAAUUGGAAAAUUAAUAAUAUAUUUUUUAAUCAUUUUUUCACUGACUUUUUAAAUAUUUGUCCUUUUUGGUUAAUUCUCUUGAAUUGGGCUGGCCGAAGCGUGUAU